AUGUCGGAUACUCAAGUACUCUCUGAGCUGGAAGAGACUGGUCGUCCACAGGAACAGCAGGAGUCGCAACAGCAGGUGACCGCAUUGCCUACGAUUAACCAUCGGGUGCUGCUGUCGCUGAGGGAGAGUGCCAGAGUCAUUGGAAUCAAGGGCAACACGAUUCAGAGGAUAAGGGAGGUGAAUCAUGUGAAGAUCGGGCUAUCUGAGAAACAACCCGGCUGUUCGGAUCGAAUACUAUCGUGUGCGGGAAGUAUCGCGAACGUUUCGAAUGCUUUGGGGGACGUUGCGGAAACAUUGAACGAUACUGAAGGGGAGGGUUCCGGCAACGAAAAGUAUGCAUUCCAUUUUCUGAACCACAUCCUGCCUCCACCGUCCAAGGAUGAGAUCAAGGAUGCUGAACAGUUGAAGAAUAUCGGUACGUUGAGGCUGCUGGUCACUUCUUCGCAACUCUCCUCGAUCAUCGGUAAGGGUGGAUACAGAAUAAAGUCUCUGAUUGAGAAGCACGGGGUCAAGAUCGUGGCCUCGAGACACUUCCUGCCGGACAGCGAUGAGAGGGUACUGGAGAUGCAAGGCUUCCCCGGCUCGAUCACCAACGGACUGAUAGAGAUCAGCGAGAUCCUGUUGAAUGAGAUGGACAUCUCUUUUGCGUCAGAGAGACGCUAUUAUCCGCAUUUGAGAAGCACCAAGGAGCCUUACACGCAUCCCGCGGUGCAUGAUAGAAGUAAAAGAAAUCAUGAUACAACAGGUGGCGAAAGUAGCACAGAUACGGGCAAAGCCACGACCACCGACCACGUUCUCGUUGUAAAUAUACCGGAGGCCUACGUCGGGGCCAUAGUGGGACGCCAGGGCAAUCGGAUCGCUAACUUGAGAAAGUUUACCAAGACGAAGAUCAUUGUAGAGAAAAAGUCGGAGAACAAGACCGACAAGCCGGCAAGCGGCAAGCAAACAAGGGUGUUCACGAUCCUUGGCUCGCACAUGAAGAACGUGAAGCUAGCGGAGUCGAUGCUCUUGAAGAACUUGAAUGCAGAGAUCGAGAAACGUGAGUCAAAAACGAGUCGUAACACGACCAUGUCUAAAUAA